CAAACUCCACGCGGACAGUUGCCCAAGGCUGGAAUUGAACCAGGGACCCUGGCACUGUGAGGCAGCAGUUUUAACCACUGAGCUACCCUAUAUUUCUGUUUGGUUCUUAACUGUAUUUUCUACCACCAUUAGAUAACAAUAUUUCUUAAUGUCUAUCUUUGUCAUCCAGGUUGUUCUCGAUGUUUCUGUUUUAUCUUUUUGUUUUGAGACACUUUGACUGGAUCCACAACCAAUGGGUCAGACUUGAGCAAUCCUGCCACAUUCAGCUGUGAAUGGUGGUGGACAAUCAAACAACUCACUGAAGGAUGUGAUGCUGCAAAUAUUCCAUCCUCCGUGUUGGAAGUACCCAGCACAUCAUUGCAAAAGAUAAGACUGAAGUAUUUGCAGCAAUCUUCAUCCUGUAUUUGUGGAUAAGUAAGCUAUCUCAAUAUGACAGAAGACUGGGAUGCGGAAUUAGGAACAGAACCAGUUGCCAUUAUUCCAUCUUUUAAUGAUAUGGCUGGUCUAAUGAAUGAAGAUAUCAAUGGCAAUCCAUCUUUUGACUUGAAAGGAUCUGGAGAUGGGAAUGGUUUUAACACGAGCGAUAGAAAUAUAUUUGGCAGAAGUGGUGGAUUUGGGAAGCAGCAAGUGGCCGGCUUUACAGAAGCUACUACAGUGAACAGAAAUGAAUUUGAUGGCAGAGGCGGAAGAAGAUGUGGGUUUGGCAGAGGUGAUCGUGCUGGAUUACCAAGAGUUGGUGCUCAGAAUGUUGCUGCAAAAGCAAGUGGCGAUGGUCCUUUCGGCAGAGGUGGCCCAGUUGGUAGAGGUGGCCCUAGUGAAAGGGGAGGAUUUGGUGGCCAAUCAGGUGACAGUGGAGGAUUUCGUCUAAAUCGAGGAAGAACAGGCUUUCAGUCACCUCUUGUAACAAGAGGUGGUUACAGAGGCAGAAAUGAAGAACCCUUUUCUGGAUCUACGUCUAAAUUGGCAGGUCGUUGGAAUUCUGGUGAUGUUGAAGGUGAUAAAAGCCAAGGCCCUAAAGUGACCUAUGUUCCUCCUCCACCACCUGAAGAAGAGAGUGCCAUCUUUUCUCGCUAUCAGACUGGUAUUAACUUUGAUAAAUAUGAUGACAUUCUGGUUGAUGUUUCAGGAUUUAAUGUUCCCCCUGCAAUACUGUCGUUUGAUGAAGCUCACCUGUGUGAAACUUUGAACAAGAACAUAAAUAAAGCAGGGUAUCUAAAACCGACACCAGUUCAGAAACAUGGGAUACCAAUUGUACUUUCUGGACGGGAUUUGAUGGCUUGUGCUCAAACAGGCUCUGGAAAAACAGCUGCGUUCCUGUUGCCCAUAAUAGAAAUGCUACUGAGGGGAAAUGCAGCAUCCAGUCGAUUUAAAGAACUACAAGAACCAGACGUUGUUAUUGUAGCUCCAACACGUGAGCUGAUCAAUCAGAUAUAUCUGGAAGCUAGGAAGUUUUCUUAUGGGACUGUUGUGAGACCUGUUGUCGUCUAUGGAGGAACAAGCACCGGCCAUCAAAUCCGUCAGGUUUUACAAGGCUGUAAUAUAUUGUGUGGCACUCCAGGAAGACUUUUGGAUAUUAUUUCUAAAGGAAAAGUUGGACUUGGUAAGGUGCAGUACUUGGUAUUAGAUGAAGCAGACCGUAUGCUUGAUAUGGGAUUUGAACCAGACAUGCGAAAACUAGUCGACUCCUUUGAUAUGCCACCUAAACAAAACCGCCAGACUUUGAUGUUCAGUGCCACCUUUCCUGAAGAAAUUCAAAGGUUAGCUGCAGACUUCAUGAAGAAUGAUUAUUUGUUCCUUGCUGUUGGUCAAGUAGGAGGUGCUUGUGGUGAUGUCCAGCAAUCCAUACUACAAGUUGACCAGUAUUCCAAAAGGAACAAAUUGGUUGAAAUCCUCACUAACAUAGGUAUUGAACGAACUAUGGUUUUUGUCGAUACCAAACGCAAGGCUGACUUUCUUGCUACUUUUCUGUGUCAAGAAAAGUUCCCAACGACAAGUAUACAUGGUGAUCGAGAGCAAAGGGAAAGAGAGAUAGCACUCAGUGAUUUCCGUACAGGGAAGUGUCCUGUUUUGGUGGCUACAGCAGUAGCAGCUCGCGGGCUGGACAUUGAGCAUGUACAGCAUGUUAUCAAUUUUGAUUUGCCUUCAACAAUCGAUGAAUACGUCCAUCGUAUUGGACGUACAGGCCGUUGUGGGAACGUUGGCAAAGCAAUAUCAUUCUUUGAUUCAAAUACAGAUUUGCCAAUAGCACGUGCUCUCUUAAAGGUUCUGUCUGAUGCACAACAAGAAGUUCCUAUAUGGCUAGAAGAAUUUGCUUAUGCUGCUCAUGGGACCAGUUACCAUAAUCCACUUGGAAAAGUGUUCGCUUCCGUAGAUACUCGUAAGGGUCUGGGUGUAAACAGAAACUUCAGUGGAUAUGAAACGAAUAUACCAGUGACAUAUGGAGGAAACAGUGAAGAUAGUUGGGAUUAACUUCAAGCCAUAAUUUGCUUUGAACUCUUAAAUUAAUGUCCUCCAAAGGGUUACUAGUUUUAGUAAUUUGAAGGAAACUUUCAUUGAUUUGUUUUGAAGGGAACUUUUUCAAAGAUAAGUGUUUACAUUCUGUUCUGCACAUUGUUUUGUUUUUAAUAUUUAAGUUGUAUCACAGUGGCCAGAUACUGCAUUUUUUUUUGUUUCUGUAUGACUUGAGGUAAUAAAGUGCAAGUUAGGGUUGAUAUUGUCUAGUAAUUUGAAACCCAUUAUGUCUUGUUAUUUUUGAAUUGCAUCUUUAAUUUGAAAGGGAAAGCAUCAAUGUUCAUACAUUGUUUACAUAGCUAUAGCCAGUUGUGUACAUUCCAUUAACAACGUACAUUAAAUGCAAUUUAUUUAAUGGAUCCAAAAGUGUUUUACAGAGCAUUAUUAAAUGGAAUUGAAUGCGGAACUAAACAUUGGAAGUGAUCAAAAAGGUUGCACUCAAAGCUAAAUAUUUUAAGGAGCAUCUUUUCAAGGAGUAUGGAGAGAGAAUAGCAGAGUCCAAGAUGUAUGCAGCUGAAGGCAUGACAACCAAUGUUGGCGCAUUCAAUGAGGGUUGAGGGCUGCAGGAGAUUAGAGACAAUGCUGAGGUUUGGGAUUUGAUGCUGGUUUUAUGUUUGGGUGUUUUUCAUGUAACAUUGUCAGUACAAGCUGCUUCAGUACAAUGAUUACUUGGCAUUCAGCAAUAGGCAUGUUUUUAUAUGGCUGCCUUUGAUUAGGAAUCAGUCCAAUUAAGCAAAGGACAUGAGGCUAUCAAAACCAACUCUGAGGAUUUGUCUGUUCUUGGUUUUAAUUGUGCAGGGAUAUUUAGUUUUUAGAGUCAAAUUUAGUUACAUGCUAAAAUAUAUGGGGCAUUUCUUUCCACAUAAUCUUAAUGGUGUGCUAAUCUAGGGGAACUGAAUGUUUGACAGCCAGUGAGACAGUUGCCUGUUUUCUGGCAUGAUGACUGGAUGUACAUGAUACCUUAAAUAGGGCAAUGUUUAUUACCCAAUUAUAAUUAAUCAGUCAGGUGGACUUAAUACAGCAUUAUCUGCAGGAUAUCAGACCAGAGGGAGAAGACUGCUUUGAAACAUACUGUUUGUAAAGAACCUAACAUGUAACAUUAUUUGCUGGACAGUGUUAACCUGUUUCAUGUAUACUUUUUAUCUUAAAUUGAAUUCACUCAACCCUGGAAAUUGGGCAGUCCAAUUACUCAAUACAGUACAAUUUCAAAAAUGCAUUGCAGGAUUAGAGGUUUUGUUAUUUGCAUCUUUCAAGACAUUGUACUGCCUCCUGUUAGAGCAAGCUAAGUUUCUUCACUAUUUGCAUCUUCACUGACUCCAAAUUAUUACCCCAGUUACCUGUCUAUUUGUCUGUUUUGUGGGUACUUCUUCAAUGGUCAGUUUCUUGAAACAAAUUAUUUUGUAUCUGUCAGCUGUAACCUUGAGGCAAGUCUCCCAAUCUGUAUGACAAUCUACCCCAUUUCUAGUUCCAUGUUC